AAGAGGCGUACACAGGAGACUUGACUCCAGGUCGAGAUGUUGUAUAAAGAGGGCAGGAGGAUAUCGCUUUCAGAGUUAUGAGGUUUCAACGCACCGGCUCCUCUUCACACAAACCGGAAGACCAUCGAGAUCACCCCAUCAACUCGAAAAGCGGCCCAGUCAACUCAUCUCAACCCCCAAUCAGUCGUUCAAUACAAAUCUAUACCUGCUCACGACAACAUGAAGCUCUCACUCCUCUCGUCCCUAGCCUAACUGCCAGCGCCCGCGUCGACCGCAUCAGGCAGUGCAUCGUGCAGCUGAACGCGGACCCCAACCGGGUAGUCGAGCUCAACGGCCCGCAGUUCACGACCCAGAGGGACGUCUGCAUCAUCCGCGAGCCGGGCGACGCGUACUCGCUGGUCAAGAUCAUCAGCAGGACGACGGGGCUCGUCAAGGCGACGAACAGGGACAUCGCGUGUGCGGCGCAGGAGCGCGUGGACGCGUGCGCGACGGGGAACUUUGUUGCGGGCAGGAGCCUGGUCUGCAAUGGUGAGGAUAUUUCGGGCAUGGUCUCUGGUGCACACAAUGGAGGUUAGAUGUGGAAAGGUUAAGGGGGGUAGGGGCGGUGAUCUGUUUCCCAAGCCUUGAAAGCAAGUCAAUGCUCUUUUGGAACACCAGGUUAGAUGUCAACGCCUUACAUGAGUUAAUUGCUAUCCAAGAUUUCUUUGAUAUGCUUGCUUUUCUGCCGAUUAGAUUUAGUAUAUGGUUAGCUUUCACUACAUACCUAGGUGCCUAUCAUACAACGAAGCACUACUGCCACCAUCAUACCUACCUAUAACCAUGGAGGGUUGGAGGGGUUGUGUACCUAGGUAGAUAACUGGAUGAGCACUUGGU